AUGUCGUCCUUUGUGACACGUUUGAGGACAGCUCGAGCCAUCGCUCGCCAUGGAUUAAAUCCCUCUCCAGUUUUCAAUAGAGCCUUCUCAGUUUCAUUGAGACGGGCCGAAAUCAACAAGGUGUAUCCUUCAGCGUCUGAAGCUCUGAAGGACAUGAAACCCAACUCAACCCUUCUCUGUGGUGGUUUCGGUCUUUGCGGCGUUCCUGACACACUGAUUGAUGAGAUCAUCAAUAAGCCUGAAAUCCAGGGUUUGACCGCAGUCUCCAACAACGCCGGAACUGAUGGCCAUGGUCUGGGAAAACUCCUCAAGACAAAGCAAGUCAAGAAGAUGAUCGCCAGCUACAUCGGCGAGAACAAGACCUUCGAGUCGAUGUAUUUAACUGGCGAGGUUGAGCUUGAGCUCACCCCCCAGGGCACCCUGGCGGAACGCUGUGCGGCAGGUGGAAAGGGAAUCCCUGCAUUCUACACUCCCGCUGCCUAUGGUACAGUUGUCCAGACCGGAGAUUUGCCCUUGAAGAACAAACCCGACGGAUCGCCAGAUCAGUACUCUUACCCUAAGGAUGUCAAGGUCUUCAACGGAAAGUCAUAUCUUCUCGAGAACAGCAUCGACGGUGACUAUGCCUUCGUCAAGGCCUACAAGGCAGAUAAGCUAGGCAACUGCCAGUUCCGUCUUGCCGCCAACAACUUCAACGGUGCCAUGGGUCGCAACGCCAAGAUGACUAUUGUUGAGGCUGAGCAUAUCGUGGAGCCGGGCGAGAUCCCCCCCGAGGCUGUCCACUUGCCUGGAAUUUACGUUAAGCGAGUUAUUCAGAGUCUCUCUGAGAAGAACAUUGAAAAGUACACAUGGGCGAAGGAGGAUGACGAUGCGAGCGCGGCGCUAGGCAAGGGCGAAACGGCAGCAAAACGCGAGCGAAUUGUCCGACGUGCAGCCAAGGAGUUUAAGAACGGCAUGUAUGCCAAUCUUGGCAUAGGAAUGCCCAUGUUAGCUCCUAGCUUCGUUGGGCCUGAGGUCGAGGUCCAACUCCAGUCCGAGAACGGAAUCCUGGGUCUUGGACCUUACCCAAAGAAGGGCGAGGAGGAUGCCGACUUGAUUAACGCUGGAAAGGAGACCGUUACCCUUAACCCUGGAGCUGCUGUGUUCGGUAGUGAGGAGAGUUUUGGUAUGAUCCGCAGCGGCCGGAUCAACCUCACAAUCCUGGGUGCCAUGCAGGUUAGUGCGACAGGCGAUCUUGCCAACUGGAUGCUUCCCGGGAAGGUCAAGGGCUUUGGCGGCGCCAUGGACCUGGUGAGCAACCCAAGUGCAACCAAGGUUGUUGUCACAAUGGAGCACACGGAUAAGAAAGGAAACCCCAAGAUCGUCAAGCAAUGUGCAUUCCCCCUGACUGGGCGUACUUGUGUAUCCAGGAUCAUUACCGAGCUUGGCGUGUUUGAUGUCGAUUUUGCCCAGGGCCUCACUCUCAUCGAGAUUGCUGAUGGUGUAACGGUGGAGGAAAUCAAGAGCAAGACUGAGGCCCCCUUCAAGGUUGCUGACGACUUGAAGCCCAUGCUGUGA